CACGGUUGAUAUGGCGGGAACACCCACCGACGAAUCUCUGAUACGAAGUUUUAGGAAGAGUUCAAACGGAGAUAUCUUGCUCAAAUGUUGUGGAUACUGUAUAGCCUACUGUCCAUAGGGAACACUCUAAGUGCGUCCAACUUCAACGCACUUUUGGGUCAUCUUUUCUUUUCCCAAAAGUCUUCGCCACUUUCGGCUGCUGCCCGAAGAUUACAAAAGAAGAAGUGGAGAAUUUGGCGGUCAACUAUUGUGUGGUACUCACGACGCAUGCCUAGCAGCCCUUUACCCUAUGGUUGACAGGGAUCGUCAGUCUAGGCUGAGGCAUUUUCUAGGGACCUUCAUACCAUCACACAGCAAAGUCUCCUCGUUGGCGAAGAAAAAUUUCCAUGUCAA